AUGCCCGAGUUAGGUACCUUGAAAACCCGUAGAGGCCAAUUAAAGGCCAAGCUAACAAGGUAUAUAAAUCACCUGGCAAAUGUUGACAAAAAUGUUGAAAUAAAUCGGACAGAAUUGAGGUGCCGCCGGGAAAAGAACGAGGAUGUUUGGCAAGAGUUUGAACAGGUACAAAGUGCAAUCGAGCUGUUACUAAAUUAUGAAGAAAAUAAAGAAACAACGAACUACCGCGUGGAAUUUGAGGAUGCAUAUUAUAAUGCCAUUUCAUUAUGCGAUGAUUUAAUGUACGACAGAAGUAAUGAGCAAAUCGAAAACCAAGGUAACGCCGACGUUAGGCGUAAUAGUAACAUGCUUGUUCCGGUUCCACAGGUGACGGCAAGUAGUGGUGGUGGAUUUUGUUGCAAUAAUUCUAAUGCACCAAUACAACUAGCGGCGAUAAGUCUACCGACAUUUUCGGGUAUCUAUAAUGAAUGGCCUACGUAUUACGACAUUUUUGGAAUAAUGGUACACAAAAACGAUCGAAUAAGCGACAUUCAACGGUUUUUCCAUUUGCGUGCAUCGUUAUCGGGUGAAGCGGCUCAAGUCAUACAAGGCAUAGAGACGACCGCCGCCGCCAAUUAUAGUAUCGCAUGGGAAAGUUUGAUUGCCAGGUAUAACAAUAAAAAGGUGCUUAUUCAAUCACAUACUAGAGGCCUGUACGAAUUAUCAGUGAUAAACGAAGAAUCCAAACAAUUACGAAAAUUAAUUGAUAAAUUAAAUUGUCAUAUCAACGCUUUGGAGUCCUUGGGAGAAAAUCCUCGUGGGUGGGGAUCCAUGUUAAUUCAUUUAAUUACGAGCAAAUUAGAUAUUAGCACCAUAAAAGCAUGGGAAACAAUUGCACCGAAAGACGAGAUACCACUAAUUCAAGUACUGAUACAAUUUUUAGAAAAACGUUUUAAAAUAGUAGAAGCUGUUGAAUCGGUAUCACAAAUGAAUAUCAAAGAAAGCUCGGAUUCGAAGGGAAAUAAGAAAAUCAAUAAAGGCUAUCCCAAGGAGAAAACGUAUUAUUCAUUCGCGGCUACCGAUAUGACUAAAUGUUACAAUUGUAAUUUACCACAUACUAUUUAUAAGUGCCCUGCAUUCCUAGCAUUAUCAGUACCCGACAGAAUAAAUAAAGUAAAUGCACUAAAGUUGUGCAAAAUAUGUAUGCGUCCACACAAUGACAAAAAAUGUCUUGGUAAAAAAUGUUUCAAGUGCCAUAAAGCCCACAACACGAUGCUACAUUUAAAUGCGAGCAAAGACGGUGAAGAGAAUAAAAGUAAUACGAUGACAGCCGCGGGUAACGAUAAUAGUAACACAAGUCGUUCCGAUAACGAGACCAUACCAAUCACAGCACACAGUACAGUCGCAGCGACGGCGGCUGCACCCGAUAAACACGUUAUGUUAUCCACCGCCGUGAUAAAAGUAUAUGAUAAAAUGGGUAAUGCGAUACAUUGCCGUGCGCUAUUGGACUCUGGAUCUAAAAACAAUUUUGUCACGGAAUAUAUGGCACAAACUCUUCAAUUAGGCCGAAACAAAAUAAAGAGCGAUAUCUCCGGUAUAGGUCAAUCAAUGCACACUAUAACGUCCGCGGUGACGGUGAAAAUAAGAUCCCGCACAAGCGAUUACGAAAAAACCAUAUCUUGCUUAAUAUUACCCAGAUUAACUAAUGACAUACCCGCACAGGUCAUUGACCCAAAACGUAUAAAUGUACCAGAUAAUAUUGUAUUGGCUGACAACGCAUACAAUAAGCCGCAAAAAAUUUAUAUGUUAUUAGGUAAUGAAUUGUUUUUCGACUUAAUGCGUCCCGGGCAAAUUAAAUCGACCAGUGCCGGGCCAAUUAUACAAGAGACGAGGUUAGGAUGGAUAAUUGCUGGUCCUAUACCAAAAUGCAAGAAUAAUACCGAUCGGGGAAAUAUUACGUUACUAAGCGAAAUCGUAAUAAAUAAUUUGGAGGAUCAAAUCUCGAAAUUUUGGCGCUUAGAAACUGUAUCAAAUGAUAAAAAUAAUUAUACAAUGGAAGAAAAGGCUUGUCAAGCGUAUUUUAAUCAAACCGUUCGCCAAGGCGUAGAUGGUAAAUUUAUUGUAAAAUUACCAUUUAAAACUGAAAUAAAAGAAAUAGGAAAUUCUUACCCGGCUGCGCUACGACGUACUACUACUAGACUGCGCGUGGUAUUUGACGCGUCAUGCAAAACGGACAUAGGACUUAGUUUGAAUGAUGCGUUGUUAAAGGGUCCCACUAUACAGGAGGAAUUGAUUACUAUUUUGGCUCGUUUUAGAAAACAUAAAUUCGCGUUCUCCGCAGACGUAUCAAAAAUGUAUCGCCAAAUAUGGGUGGACCCGCAGCAGCGUAGCUAUCAAAAAAUUAUUUGGCGUGCAAAUCCCGAAGAGCCACUGCGUACCUAUAGGUUGAACACGGUAACAUACGGGACGGUUCCAGCUUCAUUUUUGGCGACCGGGUGUUUAGCUAAUUUAGCCGAAAAGGAAUACUACAUGUUUCCUGACGCCUGCGACGUCAUUAAAUCCGAUUUUUACAUGGACGACUAUUUGGGUGGUGCGGACACCAAAGAUAACGCAUUAAGGUUACGUAAUUCGUUAAUUGAAGUUAUGCUCCGGGGUGGUUUUCCACUAAGAAAAUUGAUGUCAAAUAGUUCCGAGCUGCUCGCCGAUAUGCCCAAUAUAGGAAAUAAAUCAAUGACCAUAAUGGAGCUUGAAAAUAAAAUUACUAAAAUUUUAGGCUUAUUAUGGUGUCCGGAACGCGAUAUUUUUAAAUAUAAAAUUGAAAUAACAACGCUCAACGAUCUACCAGUUACCAAAAGAAAUAUAUUAUCACAAAUCGCUUCAUUAUUCGAUCUACUAGGACUCGUUGGUCCUAUAGUAAAACGCGCAAAAAUAUUAAUGCAAAAAUUAUGGCAAUUACAAUGCGAUUGGGAUAAACCUGUACCGAUUGAAGUUCAAAAAGAAUGGAAAGGUUAUGUAAGUUCUUUAAAUUAUUUACGUGAAUUAGAAAUACCUAGAUAUCUUGGUACCGAAACUGACUAUGAAAUACAAAUACAUGGUUUUGCCGACGCUAGUUUAUUAGCAUACGGGGCAUGUUUAUACAUUCGUUGUUCGAGUAAUAAAAAUAUUCACGUCACCAAACUUAUUUGCGCAAAAUCAAAAAUAGCACCGUUAAAAAUAAUAUCCCUACCUCGCCUGGAGCUAUGCGCUGCCGUAAUACUAGCACGCUUAGCAAAUAAAGUCUUACCAAAAUUAAAAUUAAAUAUAAAAAAUAAAUAUUUUUGGACGGACUCGUCUAUAACAUUAGCUUGGAUCACUUCCCCGUCGUCAAGGUGGAAAACUUUCGUGGCUCACCGAGUAAGUGAAAUACAGGAUAUGACCAGGUUAAAUGAAUGGAAUCACCUUGAAGUCAUUGGUCCCAUUCAACUCGAAGAACUACGAGCAGCUGAAAUUGCCGUUAUCAAAAUAACACAAUCAUACUACUGGUCAAAAAAUGGAAUUAUGAGAGUCGGUGGUCGAUUAAAAAAUGCUCUAUAUUUAGACCAAUGUCAGCGUAGUCCUAUUUUAAUACCUCAAAAUAGCACUAUUGCAAAUAUAAUAUUGCAAAAUGAACAUGAAAAAUUGAUGCACGCCGGUCCUCAAGCUAUGUUGGCCAAUACACGAUUGAAACUCCGACCUGUUAUAGUGGAACCUAUAAUAGGAAAUUUACCAGCGGAACGUAGUGGAUUUCGCCGGUCCAAUCACAAUCAAAACCAGUUUGAGAAAAAGGGCAGCAGUGACUAA